AUGGACUUGGACGACGUCGUCCCGUUCAACCCCGCCGACGCGCCGGCUCAGCAGCGAGUAGCAACGAUUCUAUGCUAUAACUGUGGCGCACCUCUCGACGGCACCGUCUCGGGCGGCGCUCUCUGCGAUGACUGCAUCAAGCUUACCGUCGACGUCUCACAAGGCAUCCCCCGCGAGUCCUUUCUUCAUUUCUGCAGAGACUGCGACCGAUGGCUCUUGCCGCCCAAUACCUGGGUCGUUGCCCAGCCCGAGUCCCGAGAGCUCCUGGCCAUAUGUCUCAAAAAGCUGAAUAUCCACAAGGUGCGCGUCGUCGACGCCAGUUUCAUCUGGACCGAACCCCACUCGAGAAGAAUCAAGGUCAAGAUCACCGUCCAGGAUAGCGUUGCCCACGGUGUUGUGUUGCAGCAAGCCUUCGAAGUGACGUACGUGGUAUCCACUCAACAAUGUCCCGACUGCCGAAAGAGUUACACAGCCAACGUCUGGAGGGCCUCUGUCCAGGUGAGACAGAAGGUGCCGCACAAGAGAACCUUCAUGUACCUCGAACAACUCAUCCUGAAGCACAACGCCCACCGAGAGACUUUGAACAUCAAGGAGGCUCGGGAUGGUGUCGACUUUUACUUUGCCGAGAAGAAUCAAGCCGAGACAUUCGUGCACUUCCUCGAGUCUGUCGUUCCGGCUGAUAUCAAGUCGUCCAAGGAACUGAUUUCCGAAGACACCCAUACCUCAACGACGAAUUACAAGUUUACCUGGGCCGCGAAGCUUGUCCCCAUAUGCAAGGACGACCUAGUGGCGCUACCCAUAAAGCUGGCCAAGAGUAUGGGGAACAUUUCGCCUCUCCUACUCUGCCACCGGAUCGGAACCCAUGUGUAUCUGCUGGACCCCAACACUUUGCAGACAGCCGAUAUUAGCAACAAGAUCUACUGGAGGGCACCGUUCACAUCCCUUGCUGACGCAAAGGAAAUGGUGGAGUUCAUCGUCCUCGAUAUCGAAUCGACGCCAGUCCAGAAAGGCAAGUGGCACUUAUGCGAGGCUACCGUAGCUCGUGCUGCGGAUCUCGGUGUCAACGACAACACGUACUUUACCCGGACUCAUCUCGGACACCUGCUGCACCCGGGAGAUUCUGUCAUGGGAUACAUGCUCUCGGGGACCAUGUUCAACAACGAACACUUCGACGCCAUCGAAGCGUCCAAUACCUACUCUUCUACCAUCCCUGACGUCAUCCUCGUAAAGAAGCACUUCCCCAACCGCAGGAAAAACAAGCGCAGGAACUGGAAGUUGAAGCACAUUGUCAAGGAGGAGGAUGACUUGUUCAACAGGAAGGCCAACAUGAGCAAGGAUGACAACGAAUACGAAAUGUUCCUCCGCGAUGUGGAGGAGGAUGAGGAGAUGAGGGCAGCGAUUGCGCUGUACAAGGCGCCGAAGAAGACGGAUCCCGAUGAGAUGAGCGUUGCAGAGACGGAGGAGGAUGAUGAGGUGCCGCGUAUCAAUGUGGAUGAAUUGCUGGAUGACUUUGAGGAUCUGACGGUUCAGGACAACCAAUGA